AUGGACGGCAGGCUGCUCUCGAAGCUCGACCAGGUGCACUCGUUCCUCUGGAAGGACCUGGACGAGCGGAGCGAGACGUACAGCUGCACGGUCCCCGGCAUCCAGGGGCGCGUGGCCGUGAAGGUGUUCGGCAGGACGACCCAGCGGGGCUCCGAGGAGGCGCAGUUGCUGAAGGACCUCGAGCACCCGAACCUGAUCCGCUUGCUGCACGUCCUCUCGUGCAAUCCCCUGUGCCUCGUGUUCGAGCUGUGCCAGGGCGGCUCGCUGCACAAGCUGCUCCACGGGGCCAGCAGCACGAGCUCCCGCGAAUUCACUGUGGAUCACCGCCUGCGGGCGGUUGCUCAGGCUGUCUCCGGCGUGGCGUAUUUGCACGGGAAGGGCAUCGUUCACUCUGCCGUGAGGCCCGACAACAUCUUUCUCUCGCACCCCGUGAGCCGAGGGCCUGAGGGCGCCGUCAUGCCGCAGGUGAUACUGGGCGACCUGGGCCUGGCCCGUUUCGAUGACAAUGAGGGGGCCGAAUCCACCCUCUCAUUCGGCACCCUGCGCUACAUGGCACCAGAAGUGCUCCUGCGAGCCUCAUACGAGCUCCCUUCAGAUGUGUUCUCAUGCAGCGUGAUGAUGCAUGAGGUGUUGACAGGUAGCAUCCCGUUCAGCGACCUGAACAUCCCAAGCCAUAUACUAGUGUUGAAGGUCUGUGCUGGCUUACGGCCGGAUCUCGACUCGUUACGCGCAUGUGGCGCUGCCAAUCCGCAAGUUGUGAGUAUAAUAGUCUCGGCAUGGGAAGAGGACCUUCACAGCAGGACGACAUCGGAAGAGCUCGAGCAAUCUCUCUUUGAGUUGAUUGACCUGCGCCAGCAAUCUAGUCUGGAAGUGGGGCCUGCACUGCCUGGAGACCGAUGA